CCUUCUUAAUUGCACCCUAUAAUUAGUGGUUGCACCAUAUGGGGUUGCUGCAGUUGAAGAUCAGCAACUUUGAUCUUCUCCUUAGUUCGUUAUAGCUAUAGUGAUCCUUCACCUUUUUGAUUAACAGCAAACAAAAUACAAAAGUAAAGAAGCAAAAGAAGAUUGUAGCAUGGAGAAAACAAGCGCUUCUAGUUUAGUGAGAACAAAAUCGGACCAACUAGUGGAGACGGUGGCGGCGGAUUUUAAAUCUCCCCCGACGAAUGAGGUGGGUGGAGGAGUGUCGGAAGGAAGUGGGACAUUGUCGAGGAAGUCCAGCAAGCGGCAGAUUAUGGCGGCAUCACCAGGGCGGAGCGGUGGAGGUGGCAAGAACACACACAUAAGGAAGUCAUGGAGUGCACAGAUGAAGUUUGACUUGGAUGACGUAAGCAGCGGUGCAGCUUUAAGCCGAGCCUCUAGUGCCAGCUUGGGCUUGUCUUUCUCCUUCACCGGCUUCACGGUGCCGCCGGACGAGAUCGCGGACUCAAAGUCGUUUAGCGAUGAUGAUAUACCUGAGGAUCUUGAAGCUGGGACGAGGAAACCGAAGUUUCAAACAGAACCCACCUUGCCGAUUUUUCUCAAGUUCACAGAUGUCACUUACAAGUUGAUUAACAAGGGGAUGACAUCGACGGAGGAGAAGUAUAUCUUGAAUGGAAUCACUGGUUCAGUGAAUCCAGGGCAAGUCUUGGCACUUAUGGGACCUUCAGGAAGUGGAAAGACAACACUCUUGAAUCUGCUUGGUGGCAGGUUAAUUCAGCCCGGUGUUGGUGGUUCAAUCACUUAUAAUGACCAACCAUAUUCCAAGUUUCUAAAAAGUAGGAUAGGAUUUGUGACUCAAGACGACGUUUUGUUUCCUCACCUUACAGUGAAAGAAACAUUAACAUAUGCAGCUCUCCUCCGAUUGCCGAAGACAUUGACAAAAGAACAGAAGGAAAAACGAGCCAUAGAUGUCAUCUAUGAGCUAGGCUUGGAGAGGUGCCAAGACACCAUGAUUGGAGGCUCAUUCGUCCGUGGCGUUUCAGGUGGGGAAAGGAAAAGAGUGUGUAUUGGAAAUGAGAUUAUAAUCAACCCUUCUGUUUUGUUUCUUGAUGAACCAACGUCUGGCUUGGAUUCCACAACUGCUUUAAGGAUAGUUCAGAUGUUGCAGGAUAUAGCAGAGGCAGGGAAAACAGUGAUAACAACAAUCCACCAGCCAUCAAGUAGACUCUUCCACAAGUUUGACAAGUUGAUCCUUCUUGGGAAAGGAAGCUUGCUCUAUUUUGGAAAAGCAUCAGAAGCAAUGCCCUACUUCUCAUCUGUUGGUUGUAACCCACUUAUUGCCAUGAAUCCAGCUGAGUUCUUGCUAGAACUUGCAAAUGGAAACAUAAAUGAUGUUUCUGUACCAUCAGAAUUGGAGGAUCGAGUGCAAAUGGAGAAUUCAGACAACGAAACAAGAAAUGGGAAGCCAUCUCCUGCAGUUGUACAUGAUUAUCUUGUGGAAGCCUACGAGACACGAGUUGCAGAAAAUGAGAAGAAGAAACUUAUGGUUCCUAUACCCCUUGAUGAGGAAGUGAAGUUGAAAGUGUCUUCUCCGAAGCGACAAUGGGGAGCAAGCUGGUGGGAACAAUAUACCUUAUUAUUCUGUAGAGGAAUCAAAGAAAGGAGACAUGACUAUUUUAGCUGGUUGAGAAUAACCCAGGUUCUUUCCACUGCUAUUAUCUUGGGAUUACUAUGGUGGCAAUCAGAGAGUAACAGCCCCAAAGGCCUGCAAGAUCAGGCAGGGCUGCUUUUCUUCAUUGCUGUUUUCUGGGGAUUCUUUCCAGUCUUCACUGCCAUCUUUACAUUCCCUCAAGAAAGAGCUAUGCUUAAUAAGGAACGUGCAGCAGACAUGUAUAGAUUGAGUGCUUAUUUCUUGGCAAGGACUACAAGCGAUCUUCCACUUGAUCUGAUACUGCCAGUACUUUUCCUUGUCGUUGUCUAUUUCAUGGCAGGCUUGAGAAUGAGUGCUGGUCCCUUUUUCCUCAGCCUGCUAACUGUUUUCCUCUGUAUUGUUGCUGCUCAGGGACUUGGACUAGCUAUUGGAGCUACAUUAAUGGACUUGAAGAAGGCUACAACACUUGCUUCAGUAACUGUGAUGACCUUUAUGCUGGCUGGAGGAUACUUUGUGAAGAUUCGCAACACCCGGUGCAUUUCACCAGAUCCCAUUUGCACAAUAGGGAAAAUUACUCAACAUCCAAUAUUGAAGUUUCAUCAGAGCAUAAAAUGGUCAAGGGUGAAGUGUAUUCUUUCAGGGAAAAAGGGAAACACUAUCUCUCCCAAAAUAAAUGCUGACUCCACAUUUUCUCAAGCUUGGAUUGGCAUUCAGUUAUAGAAAAUGUAAUAGUUAAUACAUAGUCUUCUCUUCCUUUUGCAGAAAGUUCCAAUAUUCGUUGCUUGGAUCCGCUAUAUGUCUUUCAACUAUCACACUUACAAACUUCUUCUCAAGGUGCAAUACGAGCAUAUGUCGCCCCCCAUCAAAGGAAUGAGAAUGGACAAUGGUUUAAUGGAAGUAAGUGCCUUGGUGGCCAUGGUUUUUGGCUACCGUCUCCUGGCAUACAUUUCUUUACGGAAGAUGAAGCUUAAUUGAGGAUCCUAAUAGCCUGAAAACUUCAGAGGAACACAAAUCUGGAGCACUAUCCCCCAAUUCCGAGUCUGACUGCUAGAAGAGCUAUCUUGUGAAAGCUCACAUUCCAGGAUAGGUUUUUAAGGGAAACUGGCAAGGAACCAUCGGGAUUUCUGCUUCCAGGAUGUUCUGUGCGUCCUAAUAGCUUCAAUAGGAACAUUACAAACUAUCUUAGGCAUAUGAGAAGGUAAGAGGAUUUUUCUUUGGAGAAUACUUAGAAAUGCAAUGACAACACCAGAAGCUCAUUUUCACCAGCUGGUCUUUUUAUAUUAUUUAUAUGCAAUGAUGUGACAUUUAUGAAACUUAACUAAACAUCAGUCAUCCAUAUUAAUUGAUUUUGAUGAUUGUACUUCUGAAGUGUUAGAAAUGAAAACUUUAUUGAGCUUGAACUUA